AUGAUUGACUACAGCGAGUCAUGGCUCAUCCUCACGCUCUUGAAGUGGAAAGGAUCCGUCUUCCCUCGGUCCUGCCUCUUUGCGCUGCCAGCAGCCCUGAUCACCGUGGUCCUCGUGCAGGCUCAAGAUGUCCUGGAGUUCGACCUGCGGCAGGAGCUUGGUUUGAUGGAUGCUCAUCGAAGUCAGCUUUGGAUAAUUUCUUUAGGUGUCCUCCAUGCUCUUCUGGUCUUUCGCAUCAACCGGGCGAUGGAGCGCUUCUGGGAAGGGACUGGCCUGCUGCAUCAGAUGCGGGGAGAAUGGUUCGAUGCGGUGAGUUGCUGCGUGACAUUUUCUCGGGCAUCAAUGGUAAGCAGGCCUCAAGACACAAUGCGGUUCCGACAUGCGAUAGUGCGCUUGAUGAGCCUCUGCCAUGGAAGUGCUUUGGAGGAGAUCGGAGGCGAAGAUGGAGACUUUUGCGAGACCAUCGAUUCGCAUGGCUUGGCCACUCGCACCUUGGAGCACUUGACAGACUGUGCAGAGGAGUACGAUUUCAAUCGGGUUGAAGUGCUGCUGCACAUGAUCCAGUCACUCAUUACUCACAAUUUGGAUGUGGGGGUGCUGAAAGUGCAGCCCCCCAUCCUGUCUCGAGUCUAUCAGACCCUCUCCAGAGGAUUCGUGAAUCUUUUAAAUGCCAAGAAAAUUGCAGAUACGAGGUUUCCGUUCCCUUUCGCGCAGCUCAUUUCGGCGCUCUUGUUUUUGCACAUUGUACUACUUCCUGUUCUGAUUUCGGCGGUGAUUUCGCAAGCAUGGUUAGCCUUCACGUUCACGUUUCUUCCAAUCUUCUCGAUGUGUUGUCUCAACUACAUCGGAGUUGAGCUUGAGAACCCGUUCGGUCGAGAUGAUAACGACUUGCCCUUGAAGCACUUCCAGGAUCCGUUGUGGGCACCGUGCAAUCACAAGUUUUGUCGCCACUGCAUCAUCCAGGUGCUGAAGAGCCGUGCGCCCGAAUGGGCCGGGGACUGCCCGCUCUGCCGAAUCCACAUCAGUGUCUACAAUCUGCGCGAUGAACACGACGAGCUUCUUGUGCAACCUGAUGUGCUCGAACUCUGGGGUUGCAUUUUCGUACAGAAUGGACAGACAGGUUUGGCCAGCUAUCAUUUUGACUCGCCAGAUCAAUGUUACAUAUCUUACGAGCAGGCCCCAGCGCAUUGGCGCUUGGAUGAUGGCAGCAAGCCACCUUCCAAGAAGUACUGGACAGAUGUCAGCUUUGACGCAAAAAACUCAACCUUCCGCGGCAUCAUCUCUUGGGAUACCCCAUUCGAUGGAGAGACCAAGUGGGUGUACCGAAUUCAGUUUUCUGAAGACUUUGCUGGAAUUAUCGGUGGAGAUCUAGUUGCAACAUCGGUUGACGGCUCGACAAAAGCCACGCCGUUUCGGGCCCCCUGGAUCUAUGAGUGGGACCAUCACCUUUCCUAUUUGCGCUGGACGCCUCCUCCCAGCACGAUCUUUGGCAGUGUGUAUGUCCAAGGGGUGGUGUAUGCUGGACACCAUGAAGGGGUUGCAAGCUAUCAUUUCGAGAGCUUGGACAAUUGUUACAUAUCAUAUGCAAACGCUCCGGAUUCUUGGGUUCUGGAUGAUGGCUCUCUACCUCCCCGCAGGAAACCGUUUGAGCAGGUUUCGUAUGAGGAGGACACGAGAACCUUUCGUGGAGUUGUCACAUGGCCACAAGGAUUUGAUGGAGCUUCGCGUUGGGAGUAUACCAUAGUGUUCUCACAAGAUUUUAGUUUCAUUUCUUCUGGGAAAGUACAGCCUUAUGGACGACGUGGCUUCGCAAUGCGUGCUCAGCAUUUCGGAGAUCCCACAGCCGGUUUGAUGUUGGUACCGGUCCUGUACUAUACGCGGAAGCCAUCUGUACUGGCGGCCAACGAGAUGCUUCGUGCAACACUACUGGUGGAGGACGAUGUGCAAGAGGAGGAAGCCCACAGAACCGAGACAGAAAGGCAGAUUGCGCAGGCUCCUUACCUAUUGUCGCUACUGUUCACCGAGCAGGCGAAGGACGAGAAGACCCCUCGGGGGAAGACGUGUAGUCUGACGGCAAGCUGGCUGAAUUCAUCUCAAAGGGAGUCGAGACUAGCUGAGAUGAACAACUGCCUGCUGAUGCUGCUGCACUACAGCGCGGACUUGAUGGCCGGCGUUAGCAAGCAGCGCUGUCUCAUGGACAUCAUGGAGAUCAGAAAGGCUAUGCACGGCACUUUGUCCGAAAGUUGGCUUCAGGAAAUCAUCGACAAGGCGCCAGGCAGCCCUGCCGAAGCCAACGUCAAAGACGUUGAGGAGGAAGAGUCUCAGCCCAACUCUGUACAAGAAGCUGGCGUGGAGGUUGUCCUGCCAUUAGCGACACAAGGCGAGACCUCGUCGGACGGUGGAGCUGCUCCGAUUUUCGAGGAGCCCGCCUUUGAAGAGAAGCUGCAGCCUACAACACUGCUACAAGGCAUGGACCAGGCAGUGAUGGCACUGACGGGUAUCAGACAGGCGAUAGCGAUGCAAGCGACUGAUGUGGAUCGAAGCAUCGAUGGGUUCUUGGUCUUGGCAAAGAAGCUCAGGACUCAAACCGACGAUCUUAUUGCAGACGAAGCCGAGCCAGCAGACGUGGAGUUCACGUUUGGAUGGGACUGCUCAGCUAUUCCCUCCUUUGAGGCCUCCAGCUGA